UAUUUUAAUAGAUCCAUGACCUACACUAGACUAUGGCGUGUGCGUAAACUUCGCACUAAGUUAACACGGGGGAGACUCGGGAUGACGGACACGCGGCUGAGAGUCAAAGUGUUCACCAGGGGCCAGGACCGGCUGUGGGAGGACCGCGGCAUCGGGCACGUCUCGUCGGGCUGCGUGGAGGGACUGAGGGGCAUGUCUCUGCUGGUGCGAGCGGAGAGCGACGAUGUGGACAAAAUUGUUGGUGCCCCUCUGGGAAGGAAAGAAAAAUCAACAAUGAUCAGCGGUUCUCUGCUGCUGGAGUCCAAGAUCAACCCAAACACAAACUACCGGAAAGGGCAGUACACGAUACUUUGGUGCGAGGCGGAAAACUAUGACCUGGCGCUGAGCUUCCAGGAGAAUGCCGGCUGUGACGAGAUCUGGGAGAAAAUCUGUCAAGUGCUGGGGAGGGACCCGUGGGAGGAGGAUGCUCACUUUUUGGAGGAAGAGCUUGAGGAGGAGGAGUGCUCUGGUGACCUGUCCUCUUUGGUUCUCUGCUGCUGGAGUCCAAGAUCAACCCAAACAGCCUACCAGAAGCAGCAGGACACGUUGAUAGUUUGGUGCGAGGCGGAAAACUAUGACCUGGCGCUGAGCUUCCAGGAGAAGGCCGGCUGCGAUGAGAUCUGGGAGAAAAUCUGCCAGGUGCAGGGGAAGGACCCGUCGGUGGAGAUCACUCAGGAUGUGGUGGACGAGUCUGAGGAGGAGCGCUUUGAGGACAUGUCCUCUCCGGGGCUGGAGCUGCCCCCGUGUGAACUGAGCCGUCUGGAGGACCUGGCCGAGCUGGUGGCCUCGUCGCUGCCCUCUCCCCUCAGGCGGGAGAAGCUGGCCCUGGCCGUGGAGAACGACAACUACAUCCGCAAACUGCUGGAGCUGUUCCGCGUGUGCGAGGACCUGGAGAACAGAGAAGGCCUACACCACCUCUACGAGAUCAUCAAGGGCAUCUUCCUGUUGAACCGCACGGCGCUCUUCGAGGUCAUGUUCUCGGACGAGUGCAUCAUGGACGUGAUUGGCUGCCUGGAGUUUGAUCCCGCCCUGCCGCAGCCACGCCCGCACAGGGAGUUUCUCACCAAGACGGCGCGUUUCAAGGAGGUUAUCCCCAUCUCGGACCCGGAGCUGAGGCAGAAGAUCCACCAGACGUACCGCGUGCAGUACAUCCAGGACAUGGUGCUGCCCACGCCCUCCGUGUUUGAGGAAAACAUGCUGUCCACGCUGCACUCCUUCAUCUUCUUCAACAAGGUGGAGAUUGUGGGCAUGCUCCAGGACGAUGAGAAGUUUUUGACAGACCUUUUUGCACAGCUGACCGAUGAAGCCACAGACGACGACAAAAGGCAUGAACUGGUGAACUUCCUCAAAGAGUUCUGCGCUUUCUCCCAAACGUUACAACCACAGAAUCGAGACGCCUUCUUCAAGACGUUGUCCAACAUGGGAAUCCUGCCUGCACUAGAGGUCAUACUGGGAAUGGAUGACGUCCAGGUGCGCGGAGCAGCUACAGACAUUUUCUCGUACCUGGUGGAGUACAAUCCGUCCAUGGUGCGGGAAUUUGUGAUGCAGGAGUCUCAGCAGAACGACGACGACAUCCUGCUCAUUAACCUGAUCAUCGAGCACAUGAUCUGUGACACAGACCCGGAGCUAGGGGGCGCCGUGCAGCUCAUGGGCCUGCUCAGGACGCUGGUGGAUCCAGAGAACAUGCUGGCUACGGCCAACAAAACGGAAAAGACUGAGUUCCUGAGUUUCUUCUAUAAGCACUGUAUGCAUGUUCUGUCGGCGCCGCUUUUAGCCAACACCACAGAGGACAAGCCCAGCAAAGAUGACUUCCAGACGUCUCAGCUGUUGGCCCUGAUCCUGGAGCUGCUGACGUUCUGCGUGGAGCACCACACGUACCACAUCAAGAACUACAUCAUCAACAAAGACAUUCUGAGGAGAGUGCUGGUGCUCACCGCCUCCCAGCACGCCUUCCUCGCACUCUGUGCGCUGCGCUUCAUGAGGAGAAUCAUCGGCCUCAAAGACGAGUUUUACAAUCGCUACAUCAUGAGGAACUUCCUGUUUGAGCCGGUGGUCAAGGCCUUUCUCAACAACGGCUCGCGCUACAACCUCAUGAACUCGGCCAUCAUCGAGAUGUUUGAAUACGUGCGCGUGGAGGACAUCAAGUCUCUUACGGCUCACAUCGUAGAAAACUACUGGAAGGCACUUGAAGACGUCUCCUACGUUCAGACGUUUAAGGGACUCAAACUGCGAUACGAGCAGCAGCGAGAACGCCAGGACAACCCCAAACUGGACAGCAUGCGCUCGAUCCUGAGGAAUCACCGGUUCAGACGGGACGCACGGACGCUGGAGGACGAGGAGGAGAUGUGGUUCAACACAGACGAGGACGACCUGGAAGAGGCCAAGGCGGUGGUGUCCCCUUCAGAAAAGAUGAAGCCAGAACAGGACCUCAUGGAGCCCAUCAGCAAGUUCAUGGAGAGGAAGAAGGUAAAAGACUGUGAGGAGAAGGAGGUGCUGGGGAAGUCUGCGCUGUCCGGGAGACCCAACCCCAGCUUCAAACUCUCCUUCUCCGGCUCCACCAAGUCCAGUCUGUCCAGCCCCCCCUCGGCCUCGCUCAACCCGGGCUCUCCAGGCUCGCCGGGGUCUCCGGGCUCAGGGCCGCGUGGCUCCCCUCCGGCUGCCGUCACUACUAAGGGUGGUCUGGUGGGUCUGGUGGACUAUCCAGAUGACGACGACGAGGAGGACGAAGAGGAUGAAGAUGGCGAAAGUAAAGAGGACUCUCUGCCUCCGUCGAAAAAGUCCAAAGUGAGCUCCUAAAGCCACUGCCCUGUGCCCUAACGGGCUCCAGAGACUUGGGCACCCCGAUGAAUGAAGCCACCGCAGCGCCCACAGCCCAGAGCCGGCUCUUCUGAGGAGCCCACCUGCAAAGUGCCAAUCAGGAGACAGACCACCACGGACACACCCCCGGGAAACUAAGCCACUCCCACACUCCUAUGCUUUGAGCCGCUCCCACACGAGAACCUGGCUCUGAGCCUCCCUCUGGUUCUACAAGUACUUUUGAUUUUUCCCAUAGUCUAAACUGGACGUGGUCCAGGUCUAAAGGAAGCUAGAUACCACUACGGGAAAAAUGAAUGUAAAUGUACCUGGAGUAACCAGGCGUGUGGCUGAAAGCCGAGGAGUCGAGGCGUCUGCGUCGGCAGUUUGACUCAAAGACUCCCCCAGGGAGAGCACUGGGGCUGGACCAAUGCCCCACUGCCCCAGCCCCCACUCAGGGAAGGACUACACAGCGACCCCUACUGGUCAUCCAACCACACCACCACACGCACCCUUCCUCUCCUCCUUUUCUCUCCACUCUUUCAGUCUCUGCUUCUGUCCCUCUUUUAAUUUGUUUUAUAGGACCAGGCGGGACAGUGUCUCCGUUUGAUGAUGUCAUCAGUGUCGUUUCUCAGCGGACAUUUCUUUCUCUGAAGAGAAAAACAAGCCAGCAGUUUGUUUGAAGCUGUCCUUUACAUUGAGUUUGUCUGAAUCUCUCCUGUUUUGUAAAUGACUCAAAGACCUGCCUUUAAAUGUUCAGGACGUUUUCAGUCACACUUGAACAGUUUUUUAAAGACCUCCGUAGGCUGAGCUAGUUUUACCCUUUUUGCCCUUUGAAACUGCAAGUUUUUGGAAGAAUUUGUAAUCCCGUCUUGAUUAAAGAUUGAGUGGAAUUCUCGAUGUGAUGGAUUUUGUCAUAUCUUCUCAUUUUUUCCUUUUACAUACGAGUGUACUUAGUUGUUGAAAAUACUUGGGACCAUUAAAAUGAUGCUGUAAGAUAUUCUA